CAGUAUGUUGCAGGAUAACAUCUGUUGUUUGUCAAUGUCAGUUUUAUCCAGAUGGCAGUGCUGUGGAUGUCCUAAACCAAAAUAGACAAGCAUUAAAAUUUGUUAAACAUCCUGUCCUUGGAAGUCUUGUGUCAGGUUUGUGUGAGGUGUGUGUGGGUUCAGCAGAAGAAGCCUACGCUCUGUAUGAAACCUGCUGUGACAUUCUGAAGGCCAAUGCAGGCUUCAUUACCAGCAGGUGUAGUUCCCUGUUCUCAGUGGCUGUCGAGUGGAAAGUUGAUCCAGAGGGGGUGGAGUCAGAGGUGUGCUGCAGCAAACUGCAGCUGUUCAGCCUGGCAGGGGGGGGCAGCAGGACCAGCAUCCGAGGAGUCAGCCCCCUGGUGAAGGUUUUGGACCAGACUCAAUGCAAUGCUACGACAAGAGAUGAGCUCCUUCCUUUCCUGCUGAAAGAGGCCCUAACAGGAAACUGCCGGACAGGCCUCAUCUACUGCAUCCACCCUCAAGCUAUCCUAGAUGACGAGACCCACGCUGCUUUAGCUUUGGCCCAGACAGCGAGAAGUCUGACUACCAAAAUGAUGAUUGGCCGCUGGUGUCCAAGGGCAGCCGAGGAAAAGAUCAGAGAUGAAAUCAUGGAGCUAAGAGCUGUGAUGAUGUCCCAGGAGGAAAACGAAGGCCACGACAGCUACAGGCUUGCAGAGCUGACCCGAAACCUGCAGAUUGUGAAAAAUCGGUCAUGGGAGAAGCGGAGGGAUGAGUCAAGGAAGAUAAAAGACAAAGCACAGAGCUGUCAGCUAACAGACGGCAAAAGGCACAGCAGUGAUCAUUUUAGAGAGAGUACAGACACAAUGAAAUAUCUACAAGACCUGCUGAAACGAGAAAUGGAAGAGCACAUCAGAGAGGGUAAAGGCAAAGUAGAGAAAGUCCAGGAGAGAGUAACAAGAAUCCAGCAGCUGAGGGAGUCUAUCAGAGAGGAGACACUGAAGAGCAGGGCGGCCACAGAGAAACCUGACCACUGUCAACACUCUCAUUUGGAAUAUAACAAAGCGCAGGAACAAAGGAGGCAACUUAAAGAGCACCAUGGGAGAUUAAUUCAGGAGGAGGUGGAGAAGAUUGAGAGAGACUUGGCACAGGAGCAGCUACCGGCAGAGGGCCCCCAGAGAGAGCUGCUGCUGCUGACCAGAGAGCGGCAGGUCCUGGUGCUGCAGACGGAGGCCCUCUGUGCUGAGGCCCUGCAGGCUGAACAAGAUCUGCAGAGUCAGUAUGACAGACAGCAAGCCGAGCUGCACUGCCUGAGAGAGGAGAGCCUGCAGGUGUUCCGACUGUUUCGCCAGGUCAGCGAGGAGCAGAGGAAGAUGUCAGAGGGCAGAUACAGAGGUGUGCUGCUAGAGGCCAUUCAAGAUGCCGUCUACCUGUCGGCUCAGAACCAGCAGCUGCAGGCAGACAACAAACAACUCCGUAAAGCACUUGGAGAACUUAAGGAUACUUUAGCUGCGAGAGGGGGUCCUACAGCUGAACCGACAUCACAGCAACAAUCACACUGACUUAAAGACAGGAAUCUAACAAUACAGUCAACUUGACAUAUUAUAUUUAUCACAAUUGUAGGUGUGAGAUUUUGGCAUUAUUUCUGAAAUUUCAUUCUAAAUAUGAGAUUUAUUUACGAAUAAACAUGAUUCAUUUAAAUGCUCUCCUUCAGCCUCUGUUAAACUAAAGAUGCCAAAAUCAGAGAGUACCCUCUGCUGGUUAAUAAAGAAUAUUGCAGUGUUUUGU